AUGUCUUUCCUCUCACCAGAGUCUGAGGCUAUUAUCAAAGCCAGAAUUAAGACCACACUCGUCUCCUGCUCGUCCAUCAACACCCCUCAUGUCCCAUCAGGCACCACCGAAAUUCCGGUCAGCGAUCUCGGCUUGAUGGCAUACCUCACAGUCCCAGCCGUGCUGGUGUUCGACGGCCUCAUCGACGAGACGAGGCUAGUCAAAGCUGUAGAGCUGCUCACUAGCGUAUGGCCCACCUUGGCUGGUCGUUAUAAGAGCGUUGGUGAAGGUGACAAGACCAAGUUCAGUAUCGAGCUGACAAGCUCCCCUAUCCCAUUCGAGACCCAGACAUUAGAGCGUGACCGUGCUUUUUCCGACAACUAUGUCGUUCAACCCACUCUUGAUCCCUACCUACCCCCCAUGGAUCCGAACGUCCGCUAUCCCAACACCGAUAAUUAUCUCUUCGCCGUCCGCCUCACCACCCUCGUGCCUGCUAACAAGUCCGUCCUCGGUAUACAGGUGUGCCAUCUGGGCAUGGACGCCACCGUGGGUAGAAAUCUGCUCAAGCUCUUCGACGCCUUGUACACCCACGGCGAAGCUGCACUUGACAGUUCCGAUCCACAGGUCAUUAUCCCGACGUUCUUCCCCGUCAGCGGUGUGGAGCCUUUGCCAGCGAGUGAACAGUAUUUGACCGACGACGACGUAUUUGGUAUCCCGAGCAAGCCCUUCCCGAAAUCGAUCCAGAGCCACGUCGCAGACGUUAUGACCUCGUCCAGAGUCGCUUUGCGGUUCACGAAGUCCGAGCUGCAGGCUCUCAGAGACCAGUAUCAACUUGACUCUGUAGUAAAGCUCUCGACCCAGGAUGCUAUUUCUGCUUGGUGGGCGACGCUGCUCAACAAUGUGGGCGUGAAUGUAGAGACCCUUGUUUAUAUUCUUGAAUACCGCACAUGGUGCAUCGGCCAUCCCUCCUUCCCUUCCAACCUUCCCUCAUUGGCCGCUGUCGUCUGUUCAAUAUCUCCUAUCGAUAUCUCCGCUGUCACAACCCCGGGUCGUGUCGCUCAAGCAAUCCGCGAGCACAUCACCAAACUCCGCUCUUCUGAGAACGACGAAGCUCUCCACUGGAUCUCGCGCACUGCUCGCCACUUGUAUGAGUCGGCAAUUCAGGGUCGUGAUAUGGUAUUUUCGGGAGAUGAAGAGCAGAGUGCGAAGUAUGCUAUUGUCAACUCCAACAUCCGUAUCGACUGGUUCUUCUCCUUUGGCUUUAAAGAGCAUCAGGUCUCGUAUCAUACCGAACCUACUUGUUCUCGUUAUCUCCGAGUUUAUCAAGCCAAUCUUCAAGAAGGGGACGAGAAGGGCGACAACGUUGAGGUAUACUUCCACGUGCCGAACGAGCAAGCCGAGAAGGCGAGAGAGAUCGUCCAAUGUGAUAGGGCAAAGUGGGUGGCUGCUCAACUUGCGUGA